AUGCCCCGGAGUCACCUCAGGGUCACUUGGAGGCCGAGCCUUCGGUGCCACCUUUCCAUUGGCCACUCACCGACCUCACCGGCCACCACGGGGGUUUUGGGGCUGGGGAGGGGGCCCGGCCCUCAGUCCCACGCCGCGCCCUGUCCCUGGCAGUGGGACCUGGUGUGCAGCUCCCGGGGGCUCAAGCAGCUGGCGCAGUCGCUCUACAUGGCCGGAGUCCUGGCGGGCGGCGUCUUCGGGGGGCUCUCGCCCAGGUUUGGCCGCCGCUCGGUGCUCACCUGGUGCUACCUGCAGAUGGCCGCCAUGGGCACCUGCUCGUCCUUCGCUCCCACCUUCACCGUGUACUGCCUGUUCCGCUUCCUGACGGGCAUGGCCUUCUCGGGCAUCGUCCUCAACAGCGUCUCCCUCUGUACGUCAGCGCGGGGCCGGGACCCGCCGGGCGCCUGCCGGGGGGGUCUGUGCCCCCCCCCAUGGGUCCAUGUCACCCCAAAACCCACCCUGGGCACCUGCCUGGGUGGGCUCUGUGUCCCCCCAUGGGUCCAUGUCACCCCAAAACCGCCCUGGGCACCUGCCUGGGUGGGCUCUGUGCCCCCCCAUGGGUCCAUGUCACCCCAAAACCCGCCCUGGGCACCUGCCUGGGUGGGCUCUGUGUCCUCUCUGUGGGUCCGUGACCCCCCAGAACCCUCCCAUGUUCCCCGUGGGGACACCUGUGGCCACCACCCCGGUGGUCUCCCCGUCCCCUGGGCACCACCCAGGUGGGCUCCACGUCCCCUGGCACCUGUGGGUCCAGGUCCCGCCAGAACCUGCCCUGGGCUCCGUGUUCCCCUGGGCACCACCCCGGUGGUCUCUCAUCCCCCGGGAUACCACCCCUCCACAGGUGACAUUUUCACCCCCUGUCCCCCCUCCUCGUGGCCCAGGUUCUCCACCAGCUUCGCCUACUACGGGCUGGCCAUGGACCUGCAGAACUUCGAGUUCGACAUCUACGUCAUCCAGCUGAUCUUCGGCGCCGUGGACAUCCCGGCCAAGCUGGUGUCCGUGCUCACCAUCACCUACGUGGGGCGCCGCUUCACCCAGGCCCUGGCCCUCGUCCUGGCCGGCCUGGCCAUCCUGGCCAACACCUUGGUGCCGCGAGACCUUCGGACGCUCCGGACAGCCCUGGCUGUCUUCGGCAAAGGUUGUUUGGCCGCGUCCUUCAACUGCGUCUUCCUCUACACGGGCGAGCUCUACCCCACCGUGAUCCGGUAAGGCCGGGGCGUGGCCGGGGCGUGGCCGGGGCGUGGCCGGGGCGGUCCC